AUGUCGGACCACACAUCUAAACGCAGAAAGCUUAGUCCUUCACCAGAUGCUGCACCUGCGAACCCUUUGAACCGAACGAAAUUCACCGAUCAAAAACGAAAUGUAACACGAGGCAAAGAUGAGCGCUCUGCAGAGCUUGCAAUGGCCAGCGGUUUUUACAAAUCCAGCUUCUUUAAGCUACAGAUGGAUGAGUUACUGGAAGGAUUGAGACCCAAUUACACCAAGCAAGUCUCAAAGGCACAAGAACCACUACAUCAGAUCAAGAGUGCCAUUGAAGACCUCUCUGACAAAACUCCGCAAUCUGUAUCCGAUGCGGAGAAAGAGCUACGUGCUUCAGGUCUAGUGAUCCCAUGGCCUGAGCCGCGGCCGAGCAAAGAAGCCAAAUACAGUAUGGCGUACGCGAAACCAGCCAUAAUCAACGUGGUGGGUAGCUUUGCGUUGAAGACUGGCGCUCGUUCUUUGGAAUCGCGCCCAAUUGAUCUGGCAGUGACCAUGCCAAACUCGCUCUUCCAGGAAAAGGAUUAUGUCAACUUCCGAUACUUUCACAAACGGGCUUAUUACAUCGCGUGUCUGGCCGCUGGGAUUCAAGAUACCGUGAACAACCUUGGAUUUGACCUCAAAUUUAGUACCCAGGAUGGAGAUAGCCUCCGCCCUCUCAUAUUGCUCGAGCCCCGGGAUUCAAAUCUUUCGCAGAUUCGCAUCUUGACCACGAUCGAUCCCACCUUCUUCCCGAUUACAAGAACGCUCCCAAUGAAGAGUAACAUUCGCCAAGCCUCUGCCAACUCGGAAAUGGGUGAGCCGACCUCCUUCUACAAUGCCAGCCUCCGUGCAGAUGCCACUGUCUCUCUGUAUCAUAAAUCGAUCUAUUUGGCUUCACAAAAGUGUGAGUCCUUCAAGGACGCAUGUAUUCUUGGUCGUACCUGGUUACACCAGCGAGGCUUCCACACUUCCUUCCAGAAUGGAGGCUUCGGUGGGUUUGAAUGGACGGUGCUUCUGUCCCUGCUUUUUGAAGGUGGCGGUCCUGCCGGACAACCGGUUUUGCUGCCAUCAUACAGCUGCUACCAAAUUUUCAAAGCUACCAUUCAAUUUCUGGCUGGCAGGGAUUUGACUACCCCACUCUUUGUCGGGCACGAAGUCCCCGUUCCUUCGGGCGUGCCUGUUGUGUUUGAUGGUCGCAGAGGCUUGAACAUUCUCUAUAAAAUGACAUCUUGGUCCUACGCAACCCUACGUCAUGAAGCCUCUACCACGUUGAAAAUGCUCAACGAGUCGCGAGAGGACAACUUUGACCAAGUAUUUAUUUUGAAAGUUGAUGAACCAGCCCUUAGGUUCGACCGCUUGAUCACAAUCAAGUCCUUCACCGGAGAAACGCUCCGAGCUCUGCAAGAGCAAACAACCUUGUACAAUGUUCUUUCCAGGGCUUUGGGUGAUCGAGUCAAACUUGUCUCUAUCUCUUCUGAUCCGGUUCAUGCAUGGUCGGUGAAAUCUAAGCAGCCCAAGAAAUCCAACGAGGGCGUGUCUGUGGGACUUUUGCUGAAUGCUGAAAAUGUUGGACGGAUUGUUGAUCACGGUCCGGCUGCAGAAGAAAAGGAGGAGUCGGCUUCAUUCCAAGCUUUCUGGGGUGAAAAGUCUGAACUGCGACGAUUCAAGGACGGUAGUAUCUUGGAGAGUCUUGUUUGGUCGGAGGACUCGGAGGAAUCUAUCAUACACCAAAUUCUGGAGUAUAUCCUCCAGCGCCACUUUGGGAUCGAUGAGUUUGAUUUCCUCGGCGAUGAAUAUGACGAGCAUCUCAAAGAGCAUGGCGAUAACAUUCUGUCAUACUCUAGCCCUGCAUUCCAGUCAGUCAAUGACGCUUUCAAGGACCUGGAGACAUCUAUCCGCGGCAUGGACGAAGUGCCGUUGGAGGUUCGCCACCUGGCCCCGGCCAGCUCGCUCCUUCGGUAUACCGCAGUGAGGCCAAGUGGCCCCACCGAUAUUGUCCUUCAAUUCGAAAGCUCCUCGCGAUGGCCUGAUGAUUUCGCAGCUAUCCAGAUGACUAAAAUUGCGUUCCUCCUCAAGAUUGGAGAUGCUUUGGAACAAUCGGGUGCUGCUUCCUCGUCUUGCCGUGUGGGCUUGGAAAAUGAAUCAUCUAAAAUCAUCAACAAUGCCUACUUAGAUAUUCCCCAUUCCUCCGGUGUUCUGUUCCGUUUGAGGAUCCACCAUGACCGUGAGCAGACAUUACUUGAGCGCAAUCUCAAGGACCGAAACUUGAGCCCCCGAGAACGUGAAGAGGCUGCAUUUGCCCUUUCCUGCUACAAAAAGACAUUUGUUCAAAUCCCACGCUUGACACAGGCACUCCGAAGUCUGUGCACUCGCUUCCCUUUGCUGUCGCCCACCAUUCGCCUGACCAAACAAUGGUUCAACUCCCACAUGUUCACUGCCCAAAUCAGCGAUGAGUUGGUUGAAUUGCUAGUGAUUCGGACAUUCACUCAGCCCAAUCCUUGGGAAUGUCCUUCAAGCGUCAUGACUGGAUUCUUAAGGACCUUGCACUCCCUCUCUCGGUGGGAUUGGCAGCAGGAGCCGUUCAUUGUUGACUUGGGAGGCGACUUGACCCCUGAAGUGACAGAAAACAUCCGCACUCGCUUCACGGCCUGGCGCAACAUUGAUCCUGCGAUGAACAAUCUGGCCCUGUUCGUCGCCUCUGAUCUUGACAUGGAAGGCGUGACCUGGACUCAAUACGAGAUGCCCUCCAAGGUGGUAGCAGGUCGGAUGUCCAGCUUGGCCACAGCUGCAGUGAGCUUGGUACGAACCAACUCCCACAACCUGGAUAUUACCGAUCUAUUCGAUACCUCGCUUGCUCCCUAUGACUUUGUCAUCCAUCUCCGUUCGAAAUUGUUUAGCGCUUCCACCUCGGUCCCCAAAUUCAAGAACCUGGCAGAGCCUCGUGCUUCUAUGGGACCCACCAUCAAGUCAUUUGUUUGCGAUGUCCACACCUGCUAUAACCAAAGUAUCUUGCUCUUCCAUGGCGACGAUCGUUGUCCAGUAAUUGCUGGCCUUUGGAAUCCGCAAACCCUGAAGCCACGCAGCUGGAACUUGAAGACUGCAUAUUCGACUGCACCAGCAUCUGGCUCCAAGGAUCAGGUGUCAAUCAAUCGCACUGCCAUUUUGAAUGAGAUUGCGCGGUUAGGUCAUGGGCUUGUUGAAAGCAUCGAAGUUCAUGGCAAUGCAGAAUAA